UUCGCCCUCUUGUGGCUGUAUCUGUGUUUACAUUUCAUGUUUUCCUUCUUUUCUUCGUAUUUUCCUUGAGAUUUUUCCCUAAUUUCAUUGAAAACUAUUUAAAUAUUUAGUUUAUUUGAAUAAUGAUAAGGUGAAAAUAAAAAUCAUGAAGAAGAAAAUUAAAUAAAUUAUGUGAAGGAAAUUGUGAGGUUAUGUUGCUUUGACAGUCUCGGAUGAAAGUUUUUGAGAUUUUUUUACACCCAGAAAAUCCAUUAAAAAAUCCAUUUUCACGAGGAUUUAAGCAGCUAAAUCAUGCUAGGUUGCUGUGGAUGUUGCUCGGCGCUCCGCCCCCGGUAUAAGCGCUUAGUUGACAACAUUUUCCCCGUAAAUCCCGAAGAUGGUCUCGUGAAGUCAAACAUGGAGAAGCUCACCUUCUACUCGUUGAGCUCACCUGAAAAACUCGAUCGCAUUGGGGACUAUUUGUACCAGAAGGCCACAAAGGAUAUUCACAGGAAGCGAUACAAGCUUGUAGAGAUUGCCAUGGAGGCGAUGGACCUUCUCCUGAUGGCCUGUCACGUCCAGACGUUAAAUCUCUUCGUGGAAUCCUUCCUGAAGAUGGUGCAAAAGUUACUCGAGGAUUCCAAUGCUAAUCUUCAGAUUAUGGCAACAAAUUCGUUUGUUAGAUUUGCAAAUAUCGAAGAGGACACACCCUCGUACCAUCGACGUUAUGAUUUCUUCAUCUCGAAGUUCUCAUCAAUGUGCCAUGGGAAUCACGAUGACAUUGAAUUACGCGAUAGUAUUCGCAUGGCGGGCAUUAAAGGGCUUCAGGGAGUCAUCCGGAAGACGGUGUCUGAUGAUUUAGUGGAGAAUAUCUGGGAGAAGCAGCAUAUGGACAAAAUUGUUCCAUCCCUGCUCUUCAAUAUGCAAUCUGGACCCUUGAGAUCCAUUGAAGAGGCCACCCCAUCAUCCCCGCCGGAAUUGGCGGAAUCUGUGCUACGUGAACUCGUCUCGCGGGCAUCUUUUGCGCACAUCCGGAGUGUCCUGAAGCCCUUGCUAACCCAUCUGGAUCGUCAUGAAUUGUGGGUGCCCAAUCAAUUUGCCAUCCACACCUUCCGCAUUGUGAUGCUGUCAAUUCAGCCCCAGUACUCCUACACCGUUGUUGAGAUUCUCAUGCAACAUCUCGACACAAAUCUCCAAUCAUCCCCCAAGACACGCACAUCCCUUGCUGUUGUCCUGUCCAAGAUUAUUGCAAUUGCAGCUGGGGAGAGUGUCGGCCCAUCCGCAUUGGACAUCAUCAAUAAUCUCCUGACGCAUUUGCGUACGAGUGUGGGAACAAGUGAAGAUCCCCCACCGGAAGAAGCCUACUACCAGGAAGCCCUCAUUAACGCUCUGGGUGAAUUUGCAAAUCACCAUCCGGACUAUCAGAAGAUCGAAAUAAUGCUCUUCAUCAUGAACACAGUGCCGGAUUUGUCGAAGAAGAGUCAUGCCGAUCAGAUGCUGCAGAAUAUCUUGCUGAAGAGUCUCCUGAAGGUGGGGAUGCAGUAUCGCACGGUGUCGUAUGAGAAAGCCUUCCCGGUUAGCUUCCUUCAGCCCCUGCUGCGUAUGGCACGUUCCCCGCAUGCCCCAACGCGCAUCAUUGUCAUGCAGAUCCUCCAGGCACUGCUGGAUCGGCAUCAGAAUCAAGCUGUGCUGCACGUUGUCUCAGCACGCACGUACACAGCCCUUUCGCUGGAGUCCCCAUCGCGGGCAGAUAUUCUCUUCAUGCAUAAAUACGGUGGGAAUGUCAUGCGUGCCCUUGUGGAUGCUCUAUCGCUGGAUGAGCGUCUCGACUCUCUCGCAGCUGCCUACAAUGCUGCAGCUCUGCUUGUUGUUGAAACUGCCUGCGGGGAGACACUGCAGGACUUUUUGCUCUUCAUUAUGGGUAUUCAAGUUAGUGGAACAGACACCGAGGGACUCAGUGCAUCCCACAGGGCCAAUCUCCAUUCCAUUGCUAUUGCUUUAUUAGCUCUCCUGGCCAGAUGCACGGGAGUUAAUACGCUGAUGGAGUAUUGUGAAAAGAUAAUUGAAGCCCGCAAGGAGGAAGCACGACACAUGCUUCCACCUCUGGAUGAUCCAUCAUUCUCCCUGGAUCAGCUAGCUGUUAGCCCACCGCAUUUGUUGAUGGAUAAACUGGCACUCGCUGAAGCUCUCCAGCAGGCUGGUCUUGAGCACACCCGCGUCCAAACGGGUGAUCCUUUCGCCAUUCAUCAGGAGGACACCUUUGCGCAUCGCCCCUCGUGGGUGGAUGCCCCACGCGCGGGAAGUAAUCCCGAUUUGGGGGCCUACAAUGAUGGUGACAGUGUCACAAGUUCCCCGGACGUUCAACGGCGGCCCCUUCCCACGGAACUCAAUUUUGAAUCAAUGAAACGCCUCCUAACGGAAUCCUCCGAAGGUGCGAAAAAGGAGGCACGCGAACGGAAGGCAACGGUGGCUAAAUACUUCCGUGAAGCAAAUUUUGAUGAGCUGGUACGUCGUUCGGAGACACGUCAUGAUGCCAUUCAGAAUAAACUCAAUGAAUUAUUCACAUCAUUGGCGAAUGAGCGACAAAUUGCUCAGAAUGAGAAUAAAGGGACACCUGUGGCACAGAAGAAAAUCUACGAGCAAGCUUUCCCGGAGCUUUUCUUCUUCUAAUCUAAAGGGCCCCCCCUAAUACAGCUGCAGCUCAUCGGGUGAGGAAGAUUAUAAAGUUAUUAAUUUGAUGUUUUAUGUGUUAUCCAAGUUACAGAGUAUACCAACGAUGUCAAAUAAUUAUAUUAUAAAAUAUUUAAUCCCAAAGGCGCUAUAAUCAUUCCUUAAAAGGACAAAAGAAUAGAUAAAUUGUAAAGGAAAGAAAGAAAAAAAAACAUUUGUUGCAAUAAAGUUAUGGGUUUCAUGAAAUUCCA